UUUGGCCUUUAUUCAUUAACAAUUUCCAUUUAUCUUUUACGCAUUAACUAAUGUAUCACCCCCUCCAAAGGCUCCACUAAUGUAAUAGUCAUACUAUACUAGUAAAAUACAGAGAAAAAAAGAAUCUGUAAUUACAGACUGGGUUUUCAUAUUGGCAAGUCAAUGCCUCAGCCGUCUUCGUCUUCCUUAGCUUUGCUAUUUCCUGCCCAUUUCUCUUGUACAUAUUAUCAAACACCUCGUACCAAUUACACAGAGCUGUUAAAUCCCUAAAAAACCCUAGGAGGCUCUGCUCAAUUACACGAUGACUCGUUUCAGAUUUCAGUUAAUUCUGCUUUUUGUUGUACUUCCUCAGUUUUACGAUGCUGCUGUAGUUGAAGAUGAUCUCAAAUGUUUAGAAGGAUUCAAAAAAUCCUUAGAAGAUCCAAGCGGGAAUCUGAUCUCAUGGGACUUUACCAAUUCCACUGUCAGCGCUAUCUGCAAGUUUACAGGUGUCAAUUGCUGGAACGAACGCGAAAAUCGAAUCAACGGCCUCGCUCUUCAGACCAUGAACCUCGGCGGGAAGGUAACAGAAUCGUUAGAGUAUUGUGCCAGCUUAACAACCCUUGAUCUUUCCGGUAACCGCUUUUCCGGUCCAAUUCCUUCGAAAAUUUGUACUUGGCUCCCUUUUUUAACAACCCUAGAUUUGUCCAGUAACGAUUUCUCUGGCUCUAUCCCUGCUGAUCUAGUUAAAUGCGCUUAUUUGAAUAAAUUAAUGCUCAAUGAUAACAAACUUUCUGGAAAUAUUCCCCCUGAAUUUUCUAGUUUCAGUAGGCUCAAAACUUUAUCUGUGGCAAACAAUCGACUUUCCGGUAUAAUUCCGGCAGCUUUCGACUCGGCCGAUUCGGCUAACUUUGAAGGAAAUAGUGGACUCUGUGGUGGACCUUUGGGGAAAUGUGGAGGACUCAGUAAGAAAAACUUAGCUAUUAUUAUUGCGGCAGGUGUCUUUGGUGCUGCUGCUUCUAUGUUGUUGGGUUUUGGUGCCUGGUAUUGGUAUUUCACUAAGGCCGGGAAGAGGAAGAGAGGGUAUGGGAUCGGUAGAGGCGAUGACUCAGAUAGUUGGGCUGAGAAGCUGAGGGCACACAAGCUCACUCAGGUUAUGUUGUUUCAGAAACCGCUUGUUAAGGUUAGAUUAGUUGAUUUGUUGGUCGCCACGAAUAGUUUCAGCAUGGACAAUGUUAUCAACUCGACUAGAACGGGGACUACUUAUAACGCUGUGUUACGCGAUGGUUCUGCGCUUGCCAUUAAGCGGCUUAAUGCUUGCAAACUGAGCGAGAAGCAGUUUCGGGUUGAGAUGAAUAGGUUAGGCCAACUUAGGCAUCCUAAUUUGGUGCCACUUCUGGGAUACUGUGUUGUUGAAGAGGAGAAGCUUUUGGUUUACAAGCACCUGUCAAAUGGUACUUUGUAUUCAUUCUUGAAUCGGAAUGCAAGUGAAUUAGAUUGGCCUACUCGGUUUAGAAUUGGUCUGGGUGCUGCUAGGGGCCUUGCUUGGUUACAUCAUGGUUGCCACCCACCUAUCUUGCACCAAAACAUAUGUUCUAAUGUUUUUUUCCUCGAUGAAGACUUGGAUGCUAGAUUAAUGGAUUUUGGGCUGGCAAGGCUGAUGACGCCUUCAGAUGCAAAAGAGUCUAGUUUUGUGAAUGGGGAGUUGGGUGAAUUUGGUUAUGUAGCUCCGGAGUACUCUAGCACAAUGGUGCCUUCACUGAAAGGGGAUGCUUACAGCUUCGGGGUAGUGCUUUUGGAGUUGGCUACUGGACAAAAACCUCUUGAAGUUACUGCUGGUGAAGAGGGCUUCAAGGGUAACUUGGUGGACUGGGUAAAUCAGCUCUCUGUUUCAGGUCGCAUUAAAGAUGCAAUCGACCAGAACAUAUGUGGGAAGGGGCAUGAUGAAGAGAUUGUACAAUUCCUAAGAAUUGCUUGUAAUUCUGUGGUUUUUCGGCCCAAGGACAGAUGGUCUAUGUAUCAGGUUUAUGAAGCACUUAAGAGCAUGGCUGAAAGACAGGGUUUCUCCGAGCAAUAUGAUGAAUUUCCGUUACUAUUUGGCAAAGAAGCUACUACGAGCAGUCCUAUUUGAAACCGGAAUUUUCAAAGCAUUUCAAAAUGUUACAAACCAAGUGAAUAUGAUGCAUCCUGCUGUAAGUCUUCAGUUCCUACUGGUGUAAGUGGCACGACACCAUUUUGAUUGGUUCAAGACUGUACACCCUUUGAAUAUUGCUGUAUUAUAUUUGCAAAAUGGACAAAUUAUUCUUAAGUAUUUUGCUUGUUUGAAAUAUGUAGUAUAGGAAGCGACUGUUAAUUGUUCUUCAUAUAUGUGAUUACUGUUGCAUAUAGCAUUGGAUGUUAUGUACUCGGAGGAUCCUCGACUAAACGUCUCAUUUCUUGAAA